AUGAGUGUAAUUUUAUGGAUAUCAUAUUUAUUGUGGGUAUUUGUAAGUGGAAGAAUUAAGAGAAAGAAACAGUAUUUUAUUAAUUCUACUAAUAAUAUAAUGAAAAGUAUAAGAAUCUAUAAACAUUAUGAUCCAGAUACAGGGACAUACAGAAGACAUAGAAUUUAUGGGAUACCAAGAAUGUACAAAUGGUUAACUUCUUAUUAUCCUACUGUGAGAGAAGAAUUAAUUUGCAAUAACAAACAAAAAGAUAUAGACAUUUUUUAUGUAGAUAUGAAUGGUGUUAUACACCAUUGCACACAUGCGAAUAAGGACACAUUGCCUGUACAUGACGAACAUGAAUUACUCUCAAAUAUUUUACUUUAUUUAAAGAAUCUUUUUUUUCUAGUGCAACCCAAAAAAUUAGUGUAUGUGGGUGUUGAUGGAGUCUCCCCUAAGGCCAAGAUGAAUCAACAAAGGAAGAGACGAUUUCUCAGUUUAUUUAAAGUCAAUGAAAAUUCUGAUUCAUCUUCCAAAUUGUUCAAUCCAAAUUGUAUUACAACAGGUACUGAUUUCAUGUAUAAAAUUAACUUGUCUUUAAAUAAAUGGUUUCAGAUUUUGAAGAAGAAGGAAAUAUUCCCAUUCGAUGUUAUUUUCUCCGGUUCGGAUGUCCCCGGCGAGGGAGAGCACAAAAUUUUGAAGUUCAUUAGGGAGAACUUCAGGCGAGAUGCCCAAUUCAGAAACUACAGCCACUGCAUCUACGGGCUAGAUGCAGAUUUAAUUAUGCUGUCGCUUGUUACACAUCUGAACAAGAUCUUUAUUCUUCGAGACAAGUUCAAAAUGACGAACGAGAUAUACAGCAGUAUCGUUGAAAACUUCCAGAAGACGCAAAAGGAUUUUACCAUCCAGAAAGAAGAGACAGGAGAUGCAGGAGAGGCGAUAUCCGAAGAAGGAGAGUUAGUUCGGCUUGGAAUUACUGAGGAGAAGACAAAUGAAAAGAACUGUAAGAAAAUGCCCAUUGAUCAGGGGAAGGAUGGGUUCCCGUGCAAGCAGAGAAAAAACCCAUUCAGCAAAGUUCAUCUGUACACGAAGGAUUACUACUCACGGUGUGAACCGCUUAAUAGCUACGACUUUGAAAUUCUGGAUGUGCAUAAACUUCGAAAUUCAAUAAGAACUCAAAUAGCUACAUACAUAAAUAAAUUAAAAAAAGAAAAGAAUGUGAUUUUCAGUAUAAACAGAGUAGUAGAUGAUAUUGUAUUUUUAUCCUUUCUAGUGGGGAAUGAUUUCCUUCCACAUAUUCCAAAUAUAGAUAUAAAUGAAGGAUCAAUGAAUGAAAUUCUGAACUCGUACAUAUUUUAUAUUUAUAAAUAUAACAAUUAUAUAACUCUUAAAGAUAAAGUGCAUAUAGAACGGUUGAAAAUUAUUUUAAAAAUUUUGAGUGCACAAGAAUUUGCAUAUUUUAAAAAAAGAGGGAUUAACGAAAAUAUUACAGAGUUUACGGAUGAAAAAACAUACAAGACUUACUACUAUCAUCAUAAAUUUGGAAUCCAAGAUUCAAAACAAAUACAACAGAUAGUUAAGAAGUACAUUGAGGGUCUCUUUUGGAACUUGCAUUAUUACCACUUCGGCUGUGCAAGUUGGUAUUGGGAAUAUCCAUACCAUUACGCGCCACUGUGCAGUGAUUUGCUCAGUUUUGAAAAAUCCGAUUUUUUUUUUGAAAAGGGAAAACCUUACUCAGCUUAUACUCACCUAAUCAGUGUACUUCCACAGAAGGAUAACAAUCUGCUUCCAGAUGAGUACAAAAAUAUUUAUGAUGAAGAUGAGGUGAAGUCCUUCUUCCCAGAAAAUGUUCGAAUUGAUCCAAAUGGAAAAAAAGAGACAUGGGAGUACAUCGUACACCUCCCGUUCAUAAAUUGUAACAUGAUAAACAAGAUUAUAUCAGCUCGGAGCAAAAAAAUCUCGAGGCUCAAAUAUAAGCUAAGAGAAUUGAAUGGACGAGAGCAUAGAUACUAA